CCAGGGGCGCGGGGCAGGAAGGGCCCUCAGCCGCGCGUGCUCUGUCCGCAGAGCCUGAGUGAGGCGCUGGCCCCAGGCCUGGCCGUGUCGGUGCUCAAGGCCGUCUUCCAGGAGGUGCACGUGCAGUCGCUGCUGCAGCUGGAUCGGCACACGGUCUACACCAUCAUCACCAACUUCAUGCGGACGCGGGAGGAAGAGCUGAAGAGCCUCGGCACCGACUUCACCUUCGGCUUCAUCCAGGUGAUGGACGGCGAGAAGGACCCGCGCAACUUGCUGGUCGCCUUCCAGAUCGUCCACGACCUCGUUCUCAAGGGCUACGCGCUCGGCCCCUUUGUGGAGGAGCUGUUUGAGGUGACGUCCUGCUACUUCCCCAUCGACUUCACCCCGCCCCCCAACGACCCCCACGGCAUCCAGCGGGAAGAUCUGAUCGUCAGCCUCCGCGCCGUGCUGGCCUCCACGCCCCAGUUCGCUGAGUUCCUUUUGCCGCUUCUCAUCGAGAAAAUGGACUCGGAGCUGCAGAGCGCCAAGCUGGACGCCGUGCAAACCCUGAGUGCCUGCUGUGCCAUCUACGGGCCCAAGGAGCUGCAGGAGUUCCUGCCCAGCCUCUGGGCUUCCCUGCGCCGGGAGGUGUUCCAGACAGCGAGCGAGAAGCUGGAGGCAGAGUGCCUGGGUGCACUGACAGCACUGGCCGCCUGCCUGUCCCACGCCGUGCUCCACGCCGACACCCACGACCUGCUGGACACCUUUCUCAGCAGUGUGCUGCAAGACUGCCGGCACCAUCUGUGCGAGCCUGACAUGAAGCUGGUGUGGCCAAGUGCCAAGCUGUUGCAGGCCGCAGCCAGCGCCUCACUCCGGGCCUAUCACCACAUCGCUGGCAGCGUCCUGCCCCUGCUGCUGGAGCAGUACAACCAGCACCCCCAGAGCAGCCAGCGGAGGACGAUCCUGGAGAUGCUGCUGGGCUUCCUGGAGCUGCUGCAGAAGUGGGGGCACGAGGAGGGCGACGAGACCGUCCUGCUGGGCGUCCGUGCCCCGCUGUGCUCCGUGGUGUUCUCGGCACUGAUGGACCCCAGCGUGCAGCUGCAGGUAGUGGGUGUCCGGGCCCUGACCGUGCUGGGCGCGCUCCCAGGGCUUCUGGUGGCCUCAGACCUGGACUUAGCUGUGGACCAUUUGACACGACUCGUUCUCCAUGAGGAGGAUCCCCAGAGCAGCAUGGCAGCGAUGGAGGCCGCAGGCACCCUGGCACCUGCCCACCCCGGGGCCUUCACAGACCACAUGGUGCGGGCACUGGCACAGGAGCUGCAGACAGAGCGGGAGGAUGAGGGCACCCGGCGCCAGCGCUGCCUACAGGCUUUGGCUGCUGUGUCCACCCACCCCAGCAUUGUGUGUGAGACCGUCCCCGUCCUGCUGCAGCAUCUCCGCCACCUGCAGAGAGGCAGUGAGCCAGGGGACACUGGGAAGAUGGCAUUGCUGUGCCACAGCCUGCACCGCGUGGCCGUGCAGAGCCAGCAUGACCCCGAGAGCUGCAGCUUCUACCACCAGGCCGUGGUGCCCUGUCUGCUGGGCCUGGCCCUGCAGGCUGCCCUGCAAGAGGAUGCUCUCCUGGCGCCAGGCAAGGCGCUGCUGGAGGAGGAGGCUUUGACCUCCAUGGUGCCCGUCAUCAGCGCCGCCAGCACCCACCUGAGCCCCGAGCUGGCGGUGCAGAGCGCGGCGCUCAUAGUGCCCCUUUUCCUGGACGGGGACGUCUCCUUCCUACCCCAGAACAGCUUCCCCUGCUCUUUCCAGCCCUUCCAGGACGGGCCCUGCUUAGCAGCGCAGAGACGCCUGGUCACCCUGCUCAUGGCCUUCAUCUGCUCCCUGCCCAGGAACGUGCCCAUCCCCCAGCAGGACCGGCUCCUGGGGGAGCUGCUGGCCCUGAGCUGCGCCUGUGACUGCCCCUUUGCCGCCACGGCUGCCGCUAAGUGCUUCGCGGGACUGGUGAACAAGCACCCAGAAGGGCUGCAGCUGGACGAGGUGCUGCAGCUGGCGCUGAACCGGCUGGAGCCAGGCCUGGCCGAGGGUCCCCGCCGCACCCAGGCCCUCGGCCUGCUCCUCUGGGUGACCAAGGCUCUGGUGCUGCGCUACCACCCGCUGAGCUCCCGCCUGACAGACAAGGUGCUGGCGCUGCUGGGGGAUGCAGAGCUGGGCCCGGCGGCAGCUGAGGGGCUGGGGCUCCUGCUGGGCGAUGCACCUGACGUGCUGCACCGCGGCUGCCACGCCGACGUGCGCCUCAUGUACCGCCAACGCUUCUUCACCGACAACGUGCCCCGGCUGGUGCAGGGCUUCCACGCUGCCCACUCCGAUGUGAAGGCUAACUACUUGAAGGGGCUGUCGCACGUGCUGAACCACCUGCCCAAGCCUGUGCUGGUGACGGAGCUGUCCACGCUGCUGCCACUGCUGCUGGAGGCACUGUCGUGCCCGGACCGCGGGGUGCAGCUCUCCACCCUGCGCUGCCUGCAGCCCCUGCUGCUCGAGGCCCCGCGCGCCCUGAGUUCCUCCUGGGCAGCCCGGGCAGGUGAGGACCCCGCCCGUGCCACCCCCUGCACGACUGACAAUCGCACCCCACGCCUGGCCCGGCCGUGCCGCCAGUGCCACCAAGCUAACCCAACCCGCUUCCUGCCGGGACCAGAGGGCAGCACCUUCGCCGUGCCCACCCUGCACCCAGGAGCCCCCGCCACACAGGAGGGAGCAGGCAGGGCCCAGGCACGUGUCGCACUCCACAUGCCACCAGAAUAA